AUGCCUCUGUCUCCGACUCCGCCUGCUUUCUCUCGUAGCUUGGAAGCCUUCAAGUGCCAGCUCUCUUUACGAGACAUCGAGGCCUUUGGAUUAACCAAUUUCCAGGAACUCAGGAAUGCCAUUGAUAGUAUCCAAAAUGAACAAGCACAUCGACGCGGUUAUCGCAAUCUGAAUAAGAUCAGGCCGUUUUUGGAGUUCUUACAGCAGUAUGCGCGAGUCAUUGAACAAUUUGUUAGCGCGAAACCCGACUUUCUAGCUUUCAUCUGGGUCGCUUCACGACUGUCGGAUGCAUUCGACGCCCUACUCGAAGCCUAUGCGAGAAUCGGUGAAUCCUUGCCAGUCUUCGCAGCUGUUGACACUCUAUUCUCUGCUCGUGGAGAACACUACGUACAGCAGAUUCUGGCCAAUGUCUACGAGGACAUCUUGAAGUUUCAUAGUAGGGCUGUUAUUUUCUUCAAGCAGAGAACAUGGACAAUAGCAUUCAAGACAGCCUUUCGAUCGUUUAGCGAUUUGUAUGGAGAUGUGGUCAAGAAUCUUCAAGGGUCCAAGGAGCUUCUUAUUCAGACAGCAAGUGUUUGGCAUUUUCGAGAAGCCCAGGAUGCCAGACUGCGCAUUUCGCAAGAAUUUGAGGCCCAGAAUUACAGGGACGAUCAACAUCGGAAAUCAUUCGUAGUAGAUUGGCUUUCACACGUUUCCUGCCAGAACCGACACGAAGAGCUUCGGCAAGAACAACGCUUAUACUCAGCAUCUACCCGCUGGGUAUUCGAUACAACGCAGCUAUCUGAGUGGUCCUGGGGGAGUGAGACGAGCAGUCCUGUCCUUUGGAUUUCUGGUAUUCCUGGAGCAGGUAAAACAUUCAUAUUCAGUUCUAUUGUCGAAGACAUCAAUGAAAGGCUUUCAGAGUCCGAAGUCAUCUACUUCUAUUGUAGAUACGAUGAUCCUCUCAAGACAUCUUUCAACGGUAUUGUCCGCUGUCUGAUUGCACAAUUACUGGCUCUGAACCCAACCUGCUCGCAAUACCUAUACGAUGAGAUUAUCGGUAGAGUCAAUCGUCAUCCAGAUUCUGCAAACGAUUUAUGCACGGAGAUGCUCCAAAAAAUUGCUCUGCACCACGAGCAGUUGUUCAUUGGGAUUGAUGGCUUAGAUGAAUGUCAAGAGCCGGAGAGACGGCAAACCUUGCUGAUGAUCCACAAUCUUCUCAAAGCCUCAAAAACUAAAAGGAACAUACGCGUAUUUUUGACCAGUCGCAAGGAGCAGGAUAUUGGCAUUUCGCUACGCUCUGCAAGCCGACUCGAUAUCAGACCCUAUCAUCUGGACAAGGACAUCAAGGACUAUGUCCGAGUGCGGGCACUAGACUUGAGCAAGAAGUUUUCAAUUGCCCUGGAGCGUCAGAGAACCAUUAUAGCGGACAUAGCAAGACGAUCGCAGGCUCGGCUAAUCAUGGACAAUCUCAUCGAUCAGGAUUGCCGCCAAGAUCUAGAGGAGGAGUUGAGUGACGAGGUUUUACCUAAUGGAAUAGGGCAGGCGUAUACACGCAUCUUGGAUCGAAUGCAGAAAAGGAACCAACCAACAAGGAGAUGGCAACGUGCUAAGUUUGGCUUAGAUGUACUCGUCAUGGCCACGCGACCGUUAACAAUCCACGAAGUACAAGGUGCUUUCUCAAUUUGCCUAGAGAAUGGAAGCAUCGAUUUCGAAAAUCGGAGAUCAGUAGCACCCCUAGAUGAGCUUCUAGGGCCUAUCGUCGAAGUCCAUCUAGAUGGUUCGAUUAACUUUAUCCACCCAACGGCCAGGGAUCCGUGUCUGGACCUCACCGACGUUGAAGUCUCAGUCUACAAAGGAGACUACGCUUUUCAGGAGUACGCAGCCUUGAAUUGGAUUCACCAUAUCAAAUGUUUGACCGACCAUGGCGAACUAGCGACCAAUGUUGAUAUGUCAAGCCUAAAGACAGCAGUCGUCAUUUUGUUUCAGCGACAUUUCGCACAAUUUGCCACAGAUAAUUCAGAUUCAAGCACCCAGGAUCUCGAGUUCAACAUGCACAGUAUCUCAGCAGCAUUGGACAACUGUCAAAAGUCAUACGACAUGGUAGACAACAUCUGUGUUAACGAAACCGAUUCAGCAUUGACCCCAUAUAUCUUACGCGGAGUCUUCGAGGUUAGAGGCAUCUUGGAAAAGUUACCGCCGCAGGUGUUUAAAGAUUCGCCCUUACUAGCCGAAGCGUACGGCAGAUCUCUCUACAAAUGUCCCAUAAAAAAAUGCUCUCGAUUUCAGCGAGGCUUCGCCAGUCGCAAUCUACGAGACGAACAUCUGCAAUCUCACGAACGAGCACACAAAUGCACCGUUGAAGGCUGUGAAUAUUUGGUGAUCGGUUUCCCAACACGUGCUGAUCUCACCAGGCAUAAGCAGCUUUGCCAUUGCGAGCUGAAUGAAGAGUUUAUGUUUCCAAGCGUGAAGCGAGCUUCGUUAAGCCAGGCUCUUGAAAAUGCCAUUGAUCGAGACGAUGCAUCAGCUGUCCGGGACCUCUGUGCUGAGAUGUCGGUGUAUCCGACUAAUGAGACUGGGUUCCUCUUCAGAGCGGUUAAGCAGAAAAGCUUUGGUGCGGCCUUGGUAUUGUUGGAGCUUUUGGGAUCGGACCAAAUACACCAUAAGGCGAAAAAUGAGCGGACAGUACUGCACGAGGCAGUGGAGACCACCCAUGUGGACUUACUAAAGAAGAUUCUCAGCACAGAUGUCGACGUCGACGCAGAGGAUUCUCGGGGGCGAACUCCGCUCCUGAUAGCCCUAGAACAUGGACAUUUUGACGCUGUGAGAUUACUGUGGAGCCCUUCUGAUAAGAAGUGGACAGUUAAGUGGAAAGAGGCCGCAUGGAGGAAGGGAUUCGUAGAGGCCUCUUCUGGUGGGCACGACGAUAUCGUGCCAGGGAUCUUGAGCACCCUUGUGGGGCACUUGGCAGACGGUGGCCCCAACCUCUCGGCGACGAUAUCUCGAGCGUUGAGCAGAGCUGCUUCAAACAAUCAUGAAACAACUGUCAAGAAAAUCCUGCACAUGGGACGCGCGAUGGAUCUCGAAAAGAAUUACUCAAAACGCCUCAAGGAAGCAUCACGCAAUGGUAUGGAGGGGAUCAAGCAGCUUGAACAACCGGAGGUGGAUGGAAAAGGGAAGACCAAGGGGAAUGCCCUUGCAGAUGCUGCUCGAAAGAAUGACAGUGCAACGGUAUUGCGACUUCUAGAAAAAGGUGCGGACAUAAAUUACAGCUCCGGAAUAGUAUACAAUGCUUUAGGCGCUGCUGCUAGAUAUGGAGAACUGUCAAUGAUACACCUCUUACUGGACAAUGGUGCCGAUGUCAAUGCUCCAGGUGGUUAUUACGGCGAUGCACUGCAGAUAGCAUUAUCAGCAGGUCAUGAUCAAGUUGUGCAAGUAUUACUAGACAGAGGGGCUGAUAUCAAGUUUGAUGGUAAAAAUAACAACGCGCUAGGCAUAGCGUCAUCAAAAGGUUAUGAUCAAGUGGUACAGAUACUGCUAGAUAAGGGUGCGGAUGUCAACGCUUAUGAUGGCAACGCGCUGCAGGUAGCAUCAUUAGGAGGUCAUGAUCAAGUGGUACAGAUACUGCUAGACAAGGGUGCGAAUAUCAACGCUCAAGGUGGAACAUAUGGCAAUGCGUUAUAUGCGGCAUUAUUAGGAGGUUACGAUCAAGUGGUACAGAUACUGCUAGACAAGGGUGCGGAUGUCAACGCUCAAGAUGAAACAUAUGGCAAUGCGUUACACGAGGCAUCAUCCGGAGGUCGUAGUACAUUGGUACAAAUACUGCUGGAUAAGGGUGCGGACGUCAACGCUGAAGGUGGAUGUCAUGGUAACGCACUGCAGGCAGCAUUAUCAGGACGUCAUGAUCGAAUCGUGCAGAUGUUGCUGGACAGAGGAGCCAUUAGUUUUGACACUUAA